AUGGAGGGUAAUCACCAAGUAAUUCGUUCCCAAAAAGUAUGUGGGCGACCCACUGCCUUCAACAGGAAUGUGGGGGGUGAAGACUCUCUGGAAGGCGAAUGGCCAUGGCAGGUCAGCUUGAGGAAGAUGGACAAGCAUGUGUGUGGAGGGGCCCUGAUCUCCAAUCACUGGGUUGUGACAGCUGCACACUGUUUUCAACAGAACAGCAAUCCAUCCCAGUUCAACGUGUUGUUGGGAGCCAGCACACUGGAGAACUCCUGGCCCCACGAGCUCUCUAUUGGGGUUGGAGAAAUCAUCCGAAACCCCCGGUAUGCAGGAGAAGCCACCAGCGGAGACAUCGCCUUGGUGCGGUUGGCUCAACCAGUCAGGUUCACCAACUACAUCAUACCAAUCUGUCUGCCUGCAUUCAAUGUGCACUUUCCCCCAGGCAUGAAGUGCUGGGUCACAGGCUGGGGAGAUAUCAGUGAGGGACAGGAUCUACCAGCUCCAAAGAAGCUCCAAAAACUCCUGGUGCCCAUAAUAGACACCCGGACCUGCCGGAGACUCUACAACAUCGACAUGGGCCAGAAUUUGCCCCGAAAAACCAUCCAGGAUGACAUGAUGUGUGCUGGGUAUGCUGAGGGCAUGAAGGACACAUGCAAGGGUGACUCUGGUGGCCCACUGAUGUGCAAGGUGAACAAGGAGUGGCUCUUGGCCGGUAUUGUGAGCUGGGGGGAAGGCUGUGCCGAGAGGAACCGACCUGGUGUGUACAUCCGUCUGACUGCCUACCAGGACUGGAUUCAUUGGCAUAUCCCCGAUAUGGAGUUCAUUCAGCCUAGCCAGGGUAACAUCAAGGUCAAGAAUAUAGGCACUGGCAGGACCGAGGGGAUGGGACUAUCUUUCUUCAUCACUACUCUGUUGCUGGUCUUAGCAUGGACCCUUAAUCAGGUCUUGGCAUAGGUUCUGGAGAAAGAAGAAGCCACAGGUGGACAUGUGGUGUCGGGUUGUCCCUCUUCUCACCUCCUUCCCAUUUCCCAGUCAUUCCUUAGUUCAUCAGCCCAGUAUUCUCAUGUCUGGCCUCCAUUUACCCUGAGUGUAUGUUUGCAGAAGGUGGUACAAAUGCAGUGAAUACGAAUGGCUUGAUAGUGAUGGUUUGGUGCCCUGCUCCUUGUCAGGUGACCCAGACAGCAUCUUCUCUGAUCUAGUCUACUAAUUUUCUACCUCUUUGAGCUAGUGCUGUGUCUAGUCCAGCAUCCUGUUUCACACAUGGUCAACCGGUUGCCCCAGAGGACCAACAAACAGGGCUUAGAGACCAAGGUCCUCCUGUGUUGUUACC